UUGGCUCAAGAUAAUAGACGACCAAGGGGUCAGUAGUUUGUGUGCAACUUCAUAGCAAGAAGUAGGAUUGUGAGGCUCGUGCCACUGUGAUUCACUAGUUUCUUUAACAGAAAUUCCUACCUUCCUUUUGUUUAUCUUAAUUUAUUGUAAAGGCUUUGUUUGGACUAACAUCCCACUACACUAUGUUUGAGACGAGCAGCGAUGACCUCUUCCUGCCCCCCUACCACGAAGAGAUGGUGGACAACCUGCUCUCCAACGAAUCCUCCGACGACUGCGGCUCCUCCCUGGCCGAUGCCCUGCUCCCGCUGGUUGAGUCCUCGGCCUCCCCCCUCAGCCCCUGGCUCUGCUCCACCCGCUACAAGACCGAGCUGUGCACCAGCUACGCCGCCUCGGGCCUCUGCAAUUACGCCGAACGCUGCCAGUUCGCGCAUGGCCUCCAAGAGCUCCACGUGCCCUAUCGUCACCCCAAGUACAAGACCGAGCUGUGCCGUAGCUUCCACACCACGGGCUACUGCUACUACGGAACCCGCUGCCUUUUCGUCCAUGGGGCCACCGAGCAGCGGCCCGCCUGCCGUCCCCGCCGCAAGAACGUCCCCUGUCGCACCUUCCGCUCCUACGGCGUGUGUCCCUUCGGCACCCGCUGCAACUUCCUGCACGUCGACGAACUAGGAGAUGGUGUUGAUGGUGUAGCGGAGGAGUCGCCUGUCAGUUGCGGGCGCGGCAGCAGCUGCGGUAGUAGCGUCAGUGGGAUCGAGGAGAAAAGUCCCGCCGAUUUCCUCACACCUACCUUCCAAGCGCAGACCAAGGAGUGGAAGCCGCGCGGUGCGCUCUGCCGCACCUUCAGCUCGUUCGGCUUCUGCCUGUACGGCACGCGCUGCCGCUUCCAGCACGGCCUCCCCAGCAAGCUCAAGGGCUCUGACUCCAUCCUGAGCCCCGCGGGCUUCCAGGCCGCCAUCGGCAGUCGGGCCUUUUCCCAGAGCUACACAGACAUGCUGCUGUCCCCCUUCUCCUCAUCCCCGGCCUCCUCCAACUCGUCCCCGCCGCCCUCCUCAACAUGCACCCCCUCAGUGACCACCCCGCCGGUCGAGACCGCGGCCCACAACGCCUUCACCUUCUCCAGCCAGCACCUCAACGAGCUGCUGCUGCCGCUGGCCCUCCACCUUCAGCAGCUGGAGAGCAGCCAGGCCCUGGCCACCAGCGCGCAGAAGAUCUGGGACAACAGAGCACUUUGAAGUCCCCUGGCGUGUGGGACAACGCUGCCAUCGGAGCCUCCUAGCUGUGGAGGAACUAGUUUGAUUAUAUGAGUGUUCUUAAAAUGUUAUGCUUUAGAGACUUGUCGUAAUUUAAAUUUUUAUUGGGUGGGUAUUUAAACUGGACUGUGUUUUUGACGGACACAUGGCGCCCCGUUCGUGCGUUUGACUGCGGGAUAGUUGGUCCUUAAAAUCGAGGAGAAUGGUAAAUAAUCGGAUGGCUACAAAUAUUUGUAUGGGUGAAGUUGCUGCAGCCUAUUUUUGGAUGCACUGAGCCUUGUAAUUAACUUUUUAAUUGUUGUACAUACUGAUAAUUAUGGUCGGCUUAGUUUAAUAUCUGACUCGAUAUCAUUAAUAAACAGAAGUUUUAAUCCAA